ACUGCCACUUGAUGUUUGAUUCCUGUCAUUAUCUCUUGUUAUAUACCUGUUUCUUUUCAUCUUUACACAACCGAAGACAAAAUCGAGAAUCGAGAAAUCUCCUGAACCAUGGGAACUCAGUGUGCAACCAUGGGAACUCAGUGUCUUCCGGCCUGCAUCUCAUCGUGGUGAAGCGGUGAGGCUAUCCGUUCUCCUCAUCUGAGUUCUGAGGGUCUAAUAAUGGUGAAGCGCUAAAGAUUUCAGACCGUCAGACCCGUAGUUAGGAUCGUCUGAAAGUCUAAGGGCGAAAUGGAAUCUCAUCAGUUAGUUCCAUUCAAGACUAGAUAAAUGAAAUUUUAAUGUGCUCGUAUCGUUAAAUUGGCAUUCAUCAUUCUACGCUGGUUUCUGAUUUGUUAAGAAUAGAGGAACUGAUGUUGCCUUCCAAUAAAUUGCAUGAAUCAUCGGUUUCUGGAGGGAGAUAAUCGUUGACACAUCUUUGAUUUCAAAGAUUCAGAUUGUGGAGUAUUUUUCUAAUCCUCUUGAUUGGAAGGAUCGGCUUCUGAACCUUGGAUGCAUUAUCAAUCUUUCUCCAAAAGAAACAGGGGCGCUUUGCAAAAUUGGAAAAAGUAUGCUUCACCUUGUCAGCGAUACUCUGUUUUUUCCUGCAUACGGUGACCAUUGAAAAAAACAUUUCUGAAAUUUUGGUUGCUUUAAUUGGAGUCGGAUGAAAUCCGAUAAUCCCAUAUAUCCGACGAAGUUGAAUUCAAUUUAAACUGAUAGAUACGAUCGGAGUUCAGUUCGAGUUCGGAUGUUAGGUAUUUUUAAUCGAAUCGAACUCGGAUGGAGGUACAUCCGAUCAGAUUAUAGCCAUAAGGACAAGACGUUGACGGUUCUUCCUUGCAACUUCUCUCUCUACGACUCUACAUGCACACCGCCUUUCAACAAUACCGCCAUUGAAACUACAUCCCACGUCUUCUUCAUUACUUAUCUCAAAUCCUAAGUCUCUCCUUUCCUCUCUUCUUCGCCUUUAUCCAUCACUAUUGUCUCCGUUUCCAUUCAGUUCUCUAAGAGAGAAACCCAAAUGAAAGCUCUUCAUGUAUCCCGAUUUCUUCUCUUUUUUUCUUUCCAACACAAUUGGAGCUGCGGAUCAUUUUCUGUUUCCCCGCCUGAUCCGUUUCUAGCUUGAUUGACUUGAGGUUUCUGGUUUUGUUCAUUGUUAAAUUGGGAGAUUGAGGAGGAAUUUAAUUGGAGUUAGGAUGUCGAAUUUGUAUGGAGAAUUCAAUCAAAAGAUUGAUUACGUGUUCAAGGUCGUCUUAAUUGGAGAUUCGGCAGUUGGGAAAUCUCAGCUUCUGGCGCGGUAUGCUAGGAAUGAGUUCAGUUUGGAUUCAAAAGCAACAAUUGGUGUUGAGUUCCAGACGAGAACGCUUGUUAUUGAUCACAAGACUGUCAAGGCACAGAUAUGGGAUACGGCUGGUCAAGAAAGGUAUAGAGCCGUGACAAGUGCAUACUACCGAGGAGCAGUUGGGGCAAUGCUUGUGUAUGACAUGACCAAACGUCAAUCAUUUGACCACGUGGCAAAGUGGCUGGAUGAACUCAGGAGUCAUGCAGAUAAGAACAUCGUUAUCAUGCUCGUUGGCAACAAGUCUGAUCUAAGCACCCUUCGAACAGUCCCCAUAGAAGAUGCUAAGGAUUUUGCGCAGAGCGAAAGCCUCUUCUUUAUGGAGACAUCAGCCCUAGAGGCCACCAAUGUUGAGAGUGCCUUCUUGACAAUUUUGACAGAGAUUUAUCGGGUAGUCAGCAAGAAGACCCUCACUGCCAAUGAUGAUAUGGAUUCAGGAGGAAAGUCAGCACUUCUAAAAGGAACCAAGAUUGUCGUUCCUGGCAAGGAGGGGAGUUCUGAAGGAAAGAAGGCCACGUGUUGUUCAUAGUUCCACUCCCCUUUUGCUAAGUUAAAAGAGAACUAUCCAUUAAACCUCUUGAUGUUUGUACUCUUAUUUGGGAUGUUGUUUAGCUUUGCUCAUCCCCUUUUUGUUUGUCCAGAGGUGAAACAUUAUCAUUUUUUUUUCUCUUUUUCAGACAAUAAUAAAUUACAACAUUUGGUAUGUAACUAUUCGUCUUCCUUUUUUUACUUUUGUUGAGGGGAAAGAGGACUUGCCAAAAACAAAUAUGUAAAAGCACAGCUCUCAUUUUUUUUUUUCGAGUUUACCAGUGGUGAGGUACAUGCAAGUUUGUCAUUCUAAAUGAAGUCCAUAAGGGCAGAGAUUUCUCCAA